GGAUCGAAAAUCAACCUUUAACCCAAAAGUGGCGUUAUCGUUGAUAACGCGACCAUCGACAACGUGCAAAAAUGUCAAAAACAGGGGACACUCUACCAAAGGAAGAAAAGGACACUAAAAGCAGAUGUACAAUCGAUGUUCAAAGUGUAAACGGGAGAGUACCUAUGAAUGCAGAAACUCCCACGAUUCCAAAACGCCGACAGGAACUGUUAAAAUGGAAUGGUUGGGGAUACAGCGAUUCCAAAUUUAUUCUGAACAAAGAUGGACAGGUUGAAUUCACAGGGGACAGGUAUCGUUUGAGUGGACAAGUAAUGCCUCAGCUUCGAGACUGGAUGAUGGCUACAGUAGGAAUUAGUCUUGACCACAAAACACCAGCUCAGCCACCUCUGACAGCUAAAGAUAUCAAUGCUCCAAAAAGAAAUGAGGAAUUCAUCUCUGACCUCAGAAAAACCAGCAUACCAUUCACCGACGAUUGCCAGGACCGACUAUUUAGAGCUCAUGGGCACACUUUGCAUGAAAUUUUCGUUCUGAGAGAAGGAAUGUUCAACAGAAUUCCAGACCUUGUUGUUUGGCCUCAGUGCCAUGAUGAUGUUGUAAAGAUUACAGCCCUUUGUUGUAAACACAAUGUUGUCAUCAUUCCAUUUGGAGGAGGAACCAGUGUGUCGGGAGCUCUCGAGUGCCCAGCUGAAGAACGACGAAUGAUUGUGUCCCUUGAUACAUCACAAAUGAACAAGAUUCUGUGGAUUGAUGAGAAGAACCUGACCGCCCACUGUGAGUCUGGUAUCAUCGGUCAGGACCUGGAGAGGAGGCUAGCAGAAAAGGGCUUCUGCACAGGACAUGAACCAGACUCGAUGGAGUUCAGCUCCCUGGGUGGCUGGGUCGCCACCAGAGCUUCAGGAAUGAAGAAAAAUAUUUAUGGCAAUAUUGAAGACAUAGUAGUUCAUAUAAAGUUUGUGACCCCCAAGGGAGUGAUGGAGAAAAGUUGUCAAGUACCCCGCCUAUCAUCUGGCCCAGACAUCCACCAUUUCAUCCUAGGGUCAGAGGGAACCCUGGGCGUGGUGACGGAGGUUACUAUCAAGAUCCGCCCACUUCCUCCCUGUAGGAAGUAUGGCUCCAUUGUGUUUCCCGAGUUUGUGAAUGGUGUCAACUGUCUUAGAGAGAUAGCCAAGCAGAGAUGUGCACCAGCAUCCAUCCGACUGAUGGACAAUCAGCAAUUUCAGUUUGGUCAUGCCUUGAAACCCGAAUCCAAAUCUCUGCUGAAUAGUUUUGUUGAAGGGAUCAAAAAGUUUUACAUAACAAAACUCAAAGGUUUUGAUACUUCAAAAAUGGCAGUUGCUACUCUUCUUUUUGAGGGAACAAAACAGGAAGUAGCAGCACAAGAAAAGAGGGUAUAUGAGAUUGCUGCUCAAUUUGGAGGGUUGCCAGCUGGCACUGACAAUGGAGAGAGAGGUUACAUGUUAACCUUUGUGAUAGCCUAUCUCAGGGAUCUUGGCUUUGAGUACUACAUCGUAGCUGAGUCCUUUGAGACAUCUGUUCCAUGGGAUAGGUGUCUGGACCUGUGCCAAAAUGUCAAAGACAGACUACACAGAGAAUGCAAAGAGAAAGGGAUUCAAUUUCCUCCUUACAUUACAUGCAGGGUAACACAAACCUAUGAUGCCGGUGCUUGCGUUUAUUUCUACUUUGGGUUCAAUUACCGAGGCAUCCAGAACCCAGUCCAAUUGUAUGAAGAAAUUGAGGCCUCUGCAAGAGAUGAAAUUCUGGCGAAUGGAGGAAGUAUUUCACAUCAUCAUGGUGUUGGUAAGCUGAGGAAGCCAUGGCUCAAGAAAACUGUUGGAGAGGUUGGCUUAGGAUCAAUGCGCGCCAUCAAGAACUACAUCGACCCUGACAACAUCUUUGGAAACAACAACCUAAUGAUAGGCGACUCCAAACUGUAAAU